AUACCUUGUUCAUCGUCGUUUGUUGAGCUGACAUCUGUCGUCAUUUGGCUCAUCGCAAUCGCCUCGUACGGCGCAGGCUGUUGCGCAAUGACCAUCGGUGCUGUGGUGGAGUAUGCUUCACUGUCCAUGAUUCUUGUUGUAGGGUCUUGCUUGCGUGGUUUGUUGGUCUCUGUCGCCUCUUUUCAAACAUGACGCAGCGCCAAGGGACAUCCACGAUCCUGCUCCUCUAUUUUGAAACUCAGCGCAACUCCUGAACACGAAAGGCUGAGCAGUCUAGUCAUGUCAGAGAAGCAGGAACAGCGAUGGCCACCCAUUGAGAAUAACCCAGAAGUCCUUACCGAUCUCGCCCGCUCACUCGGUCUCACUCAAGAGUAUGCCUUUUGCGAUGUCUACUCCUUUGAUGAGGAACUCUUGGCAUUUGUACAACGGCCUGCGAAAGCGCUACUGCUUGUUGCACCGCUGACGGAAGGUCUUGUGAAGCUCAGAGAAGCGGAAGAUGCAGCGCACAGCAAAGACACAGCCUUGAAUCCAACAACGACCUUAUGGGCCAAACAAACGAUUCGCAAUGCUUGUGGGACGAUGGCUGUCUUGCAUGCAUUGCUGAAUUGUCCUUCUACCGUGGACACAUCGCAUGCAUUCACAACGUUCAUGGAAUCAUUCAAGGACCAAUCUCCUGAUGCACGCAUCGAUGCUAUUGAGACGUCCAGCUUGAUUCGCGAGAGUCAUGCACACGUUGCAACACAGGGCCAAUCUGCAGUCAUUGGCGCAGAGGAAGAAGUGACGUUACAUUUCAUUGCAUUUGUGAAGAAUGAACGGACGGGUCAUCUUGUUGAGCUGGAUGGAUCGCGUGCGGGUCCAAUUGAUCAUGGUGCGUUAGCGGAGGAUGAGGAUGUCUUGUCACCCAAAGCAGUGGAGGUGGUCAAGCAGUUCAUGAAGCGUGCUGGGGAACAUGGUGAAGACAUCAGUUUCAGUCUAUGUGCAUUAACACCUGCCUAAGCCUGCAUGG